AACUGCGGAUUCUACAGCAGGGGUUCUAGCAGGACUUAUUUGCGUUUCGGAGGACAACAUCCUCAUUGGAGACAAACUACUCAGCCGAAUCAUGUUUGAAAACUUCAGGGAAAGACUUCACAUGGUGCAACAGGACUUAACGACGGGGUUUGUCGGAUUUCUCCGUUUGUCUGUUCAAAUGAUGCUAAAGUGGCAAGACGUCGGAUUUGAAGUGUAUCAUUGUUGCAGUCAAAGUGAACAGGCGUAUUUACACGAAUUGCGACGGAGCAAAGUUGGCUAGUAGCACGCUGAAGUCACGGUCGGCCGUUAUCUUGGAUCCCUGACCACGUACAAUAUAAAGAUUCAAACGAAUAAACUUAAAGGAUGUUUCAGACAGUGUAGUCUGGCUUGGAAAUGGCUCUGGCUCUGGAUCUUCAUCUUCUAGGCUGGUUAUGUCAUGGGCGCAGAACUAUUAAGUAAAGGGCAGACCAGCUUGAAAACACUGGGUGACAAAUCAAAGGAAUCCAAAAGCAGCAGAAGGAAGUCCAGGUAUGAAGAAAGUCUUAAUUUCAGUGCUGGACUAGACAUCCUCAGCAGGUAUGAAGAGAGUUGGUUUCUGCUCCACAAAAAAACAAAAGACUCUGCUCAGGUUGCAGGGGCCGUUGACGGGGACGUGGUGAUUCUGUCGGCGCACUGGGAGAAGAGACGAUCAGCGCUGACAGAACUACAAGAACAACUACAAAGCUUGCCGACUUUUAUCAGUGAACUUGAUGGCAUCACUGCUUCAAUAGCUCACCUGGAAGGUGACUUUGAGGAGAUGGAGAGCAGGCUGGUCUACUUGGAGACACUAUGUUGUCAAUGUGAACAGCAGACGCUCAAGCAGCAGCAUAUCGACCAACUGGAAGUCUAUAAGAAAAAGAAGAGGAGAGAAUUGGAGGCACUGGAAGUGGAGCUGAAUGCAGAGCAUGCUCAGAAAGUUGCAAAGCUAGAGCAGAUGAGGCAGCAGAAACUGAGGGAACGGCAAAAAGUAUAUGAAGAAGCCUUUAACCAAGACCUGGAAAAAUACCGGUCCACUGGAUAUCUUCAGCAUAGAGAACCAGCAGAAGCAGAUAUGGUUGUUCUGGAUCAAAUGCCAGUAACCAAUUUAUUAGACCAGGAGGCUUUGGAUGAUUUCCUGAACUCUGGUGAUGACUUCAGUUCUGGGUCAUCGCUCACCUCAGGUCCAGACCUGAAGUCCGGCUCUUUGGGAUCCUUAUGCAGCCCACUGAGCCAAGUCCCCGACAUAGAAAACCACUCGUCAGACAAGGACUCUGAAUGUGUUCACGAUGACGAAGGCCUCAGUGAGGACAGUGAUGAGCCUGUGGUCCAAUUAGACGAGGAGGACGUUCAGCCGGACAUGACAUUGGUUGGCCUGCAGGAUCUUGACCAAGUCAGGGGCUCUGAUGAUAGUGACUCUCCAGGGGACAUGCCCUGUGGGUAACCUAGCAACCAUGCCCUUGAAAUGUCUCAAGUGUUAAACCCCAUAAUCUUUACUGCCCCCCUAUUUGGACUCGGGACAAUGUGCUCAGCGAACACAAGUUGUCUUUUUAUUCUGAAAACAAUGCAAUAGACAAAUCAAAGAUGCUUCAAAUGAGUGCUGGGCAUGUAAUUUAUCCAUGGAUGUGUUUUCUGUUGUUUUGCAAAAGUUACUGCUUCUGUCUAGAAAAGGAGAGAAAAGAAGCAAGGACAAGUGUGAAACAACAGUUAACCCCUUUGUGCUUUAAAGAUGAUUGGAGCGCAUCAAACCGACCACCACUCUCCACCCUCCAGUUUAAACAUUCUUAAUUAACAAACCAAAUAUGCUGCCACGGACCUGUGCGUCCCAAGUACAUGGUCCACUGUUAAUUUUUAAAAUGUCAUUCAUUAAGUAAAUACAUCCUCAUGUCAGUUUACUUCAACCUUGUUUCCCCUCUGUGCACACUAUUGUAACAAGUUGACUGAAUCCAAACUGUUAGAACAUGUUGUGCUGCAGCUGGUUUCACAUGGCUGACAAUUCAAUAACAAGACAAUCCUUGUACUGUUAAUGUUAAAAACCCUUUUAUUUUAUUUUCUAUUUGUUUCAAAACGGUAUGCGAACAGGAAUCCAUGCACUGCAUGAUAAUGAAUUGGGCUGUUGAGUUGACUCUCAAAAGCAAAAUUACUUAAACUUAUAAAACAAAAUAUCCAUCCUGCUCAUUUUUCCCGGUUAGGGUCGCGGGGCGCUGGACCCUAUCCAAGCUGACUUCGGGUGAAAGACGGACUAUACCCUGAACUGGUCGCCAGUCAGUCACAGGGCACAUAAAGCAUAUGAAAAGCAUUUUUUGAAACAAACAAAAAAAAAUAAAAAGUGAUCUUGCCAUGCCAUGCUGUGUUCAACAUAUUCAAACUAUACCAAUUAAUUGUUUCAAGAAGAUAAGUUAAUGUUUGUAAAAUGUGAAGAUCUGCAUGCAUGUCUUUUCUCAGAAGAAAAAAAAAAAAAAGCUCAAUGGAUUAACAUUAUCAAUGGAUUAACAUUAUAAAUAUUUAAAUUGUUGAACAGCCCUAAUUAUUCCGCGAUAGUGGACACCUGUAACACCUCACGGGUACUAGAAUUAUACGUAGAUAUUGAAUUAUUUAGAAACACAGAUGUUAUGAAGUUAAAAUACAUGUUGACAUUAAAAGCAUCUGUCCCUCCAUCCUGAGAGCUUGAGCCUGUCCCAGCAGACUUUGACCCAGAGGCAGGGUAUAUACUCCCUGAGUUGGUCGCGGGGCACAUACGUACUACCAUUCAGACUCACAUUUAUGGACAAUUCAGAGACCUCAUUUAACCUAAGAAACAUGUUUUUGGAAGGUGUGAGGAAGCCAGAGUGCCUGGAGAAAACUUAAACAUAGGGAGAACAUGCAAACCCUACACAGAAGGCCAGAGCCUGAAUUUGAACCAUCAGCCUCAGAACUGUGAGGAGGAUGUGCUACCCAGUUGUCCAACAGCACAAUUAUUUAUUUCGUGAACUAAAUGUAUGAAUUGCUUAUAAAUGUGUACAGUUUGCACAUCUGCCUCACAGUUCUGAGGUUCCCGGGUUCAAAUCCUGCGUCGGCAUGUAAGGAUUUUCUCUGGGUGCUCCAGUUUCCUCCCACAUUCCAAAAACACGCGUGAUUGGUUAAUUGGAGACUCGAAAUUGUCCAUAGGUGUGAAUGUGAGUGUGAAUGGUUAUUUGCCUAUAUGUGCCCUGCGAUUGGCUGGUGACCAGUUCAGGAUGUACCCAGCCUCCUGCCCGAAUUCAGCUGAGACGGGCGCCAGCACACCCACAACAAGUGAGGAUAAGCAGUUCAGACAAUGUAUGUAUGUAUACAAUUUACCAAAGACCACAAGCACAUUUUGGUCCUGGUGCUUGAAUCUCAGUCUUCUAGACUUUUAAUGGGGUAUUUAAUAAUCUUUCCUCAUAUCUUGCAUGUGUGACAAUGGGUUGUUUGAGCACUGUGACCUAAUGCUGGAUGUUGGACUUCAUUGAACUGAAUGUUUCUGCUUGACCUUACGCUGUUUUAUCGAACGUUGAACGAUGGCACAUUUUGUCAAGCACAGUUUAUAUGCAUUCUGCUUGUAAACCAGGAAUUAAAUAACUUAAAAGUA